CUUGGAAAAUAACGCGAAUAUUUUAUACAGCACACACCAACAACCAACGCAAGCAACGCUUUCAAACAUGGUGAACUAAAUUGUAAUGUGCCGUAUUCAGUUGGAAAAUAGGAAUGGAGUAAAUUUCGCGUGUGGAUAUUCAGUUAUUUUCAGCUACCAACGCAGUAUGUGUCACUUACAUGGCAGAUUUUACCUGCUUUGGUGGUUGUUUUUAUUUAAAUGUUACCCCAAAAAUGCCUCAGAUCGGCUUAACCUUUGAACUAAAUUUGUCCCCAGAGGUUGCUUCACACGAACUAAAUGAAAAAUUGAAAAAACAUUGUCAUAUAUUUGCUGCCAAAGAGUUCAUUUUUUGAAAUUCAUUUCCAUUUUUGUGAGUUUGUGAAACAAUUGCUUAAAUAAAUUUUUAAAAAUUUUUCUUCCAACAGUUUAUUAAGUUUUUACGUUCCCGUUUUUGAACUGUUUCUGCAAACUUUCCUGUGUCUCAUCUUAGCAUUCUGCAUCUCGAAAUAAUUGGAGGAUGGGCUUAAUUAUGACCUUCGCAGUCUAAUUCCUGAAUUUCGAAGACCUACAUUAUAUAUGAGGACUAGAACUUAAUAUAAUUUUGCCAAAAGUUAUACAGCGCAAAUGCCUUCUGGAGGUCAUAGGGUCAAACGGGGUCACAAUGACCCAUUGCCCCCCGCCGAUACAGUCUACACGCAAUCCCAACCCCCCUCAAUACCCCCUAGAGAACCCCCACCUUUGCCAUCAAGAGGAGGAAGUCGAGAGUGCCUUUUAGAAGAUCCUGCAGCAACUGUUCCCGGGUCGGGUUCAAAUGGAACAACGUCGGGUGCGACUCUAACCCCGCCUAAAUUCGCCCCCGCUCCCAGGACUCCCCCCAUUUUACCCCCACGGGAGAGAGACGGAGGAAGUCGCGAUGGGUUAGAUAUGGUGGAUGGUGAUACUAGAGGAAGCAGACCCCUCCCCCCUCCCCCCAAACCUGAGGAGAGUAUCCCGGCUCCCCUGCCAAGGGAUAGAAGUCGCAGUAGAUUGAACUCAGUGUCCAGCUCUAAAUCAACCGACAACUUCAAACGUCUCUCUCAAAAUGGACUCUCUGGUAGUGGAGAUCAAAUAGACGAAACAGACAACACUAUUCGCAGGCGUGACCACGACGCCCCAAAUGGAUUCGCACCACUGGACAUUCUUCCUCCGACUAGGCCCAGAGUUCGCCACAGAUCAACGCCAGGGGCAGCGGAACUUUCAGUAACCGGAUCCAUUAAUGACAUUCCUUGCCACGACUGGGCAUCGGUGGACAACUUCACAAACAACGUGGCCGAUAGAAGAAGUGUCUUUGAGCCGAAAGCAGAACAGGCCGACAAUUCCAUCCCCACUUCGAACAGAUCAAGUCCCAUUGCGACUCUGCGUCCCCCCAGUGAGAGGCCAUCGUCAUGGCACGUUGGUCCGGGUGGGGGUCCACAGUUUAACAGAAGCAACGGAGUUGAACCCAACGCUCGCACCUCUCAAGACCCCGAUAGAUUCCUAGCUUCAUACAUGCGAAGUCUAGACAACAACAGGGAUACUGCUACAGGCUCCAGAUCAUCGCUCAAGUCCUCCCUCAAAAACAGCAACAGAAACAGUCGAGUGGAGGAUGAAAACGAAGAGAGCAACGAAGACGAGUUCCCCACUCUGGUUCCCUCUUCUCGCCCUGGUCCAGACGAGAACAUCUACACCAUGCCCUCCAUUCUGAGAAGAGACAGUCCUUCUAUCUCUGACUCAGUCGAUGUUCCCGAUGUACCUAGAAAGCGCAUUCUGAAGACACGCCACCCUUCUGAUGGUGGGAGUGAUGAGUACAAUGUGCGGAAGGUGAACACAGGGAAAGUUACCAAGAAGAGAGUGCGACACAGUUCCACUCCCCAGGCACUCAACCCUCCCAGCAUUUAUUCUGAUGAAAUUUAUUCUGUGAGUCCUCAGAAACUACCAGUGCCGCCUCGCGGUAUGAAAUCAGCCGCUGAACUUCAAGGCAGUCUGCGCAUACUUUCUCUUCUCAAAGCGAACAACGAAGCCAACUCGAGAAGAAGUUCAAUCUCAGCUCUCAGUCAAGAAGGGACCACCGAGGGGGGAGGAGGGGUUACUGUGAGUGGGGGUUCAAUGAGGAGCUCCAACAGUUUAAUGCCAAUUGCUCAGGAUGACGAAAUGGAUGAAGAUGAUGACGAUACUAGUGAGCAAGUAUCUGAAAUGACAGAAAUAGAACCAGAAGCAAUGGGCAAACAGGACAAAAAAGACAAGCACGACAGCAACAAUGAAAAGAGCACAAGCGAAUUACCCUCUGCAACUGCUGAUGGGCAAACGAAAGAGAGAAGUCGGAAUAAGAAUAAGAAGAAGCCGAGGAGUAGACUGAACAGUGCGAAGGAGUUGAGAUUCGGAGAGAUGCAGCAGGUCGAGAUACACUACGGAAGUUUUGGUCUCUAUGCUUCGACAACUUCCUUCAUCAUGGACCUAGAAGUCGGCUAUGGCUACAAGGCCACAACAGGGGGUGUCAAGACCAUGACUGCUCCCACUGAACUCCAACAAGAAUCAAUUUUAAAAGUAUCCCCAUCCAAAGCAACAGCUAAGAACAACAAGAAAAAAAGUCCGGCUAAAAAACGGGGAAGCGUCUCUGGAAAAUCAGAAGCGGGAUCACAAGGUGGUUCCAGUUCUAAAAGAAGACCUGGAUCUGGAUCCUGGCAUUUAAGGAGGUCCAGUAGGGAUAAAAACGAGGAGAGUGGCAACAAGAAAAAGAAGGAAAAACAAAGAAAGACGUCAAACUCAAGCAAAGAUAAAAUGAAAAAAUCUCAGUCGAAUGAUUCAAUACACUCAAUACCCGAUGUUGUCGACAGUGCGAUCUCGACAAAUGACAACAAAAACGACAUUAAUGACCCUGCUAAAGAUGACGACGCGGAUAGUGUGAGUGUCGGAUUCGCGAGUCUGAGACGGAGACCCGAGUCGUGGCGUGUGAGUCUCCAGGAGCUGAAUGCAGUUGUCGCAUUCAGCGGAGAUGGCGAUGAUGAUCCACCGCCUGGCGGAAGCCGGUGUUCCAAUCGCAGUUCGUGGGCUGGUGGAGAAACCAGUGGGUCUGACGAUGAGCUCCUUAGCCAGAGGACCAGAAGUGUGCUGACUCUGGUGGAGGAGUUCAACAGCAAAGUGCCAGAACUUCCAGAGAACAGCCAGAAACACGUUCCCUGGUUCAUCCGCUUCGCCGCUUCACCCAUCAUGGCCUUUGCGUUUGGACCUCUGUUUGGGAUAUUAGUGUACGCUCUGUUAGCCUGGCUCGUCUUAAGUGGACUUCCAUUGGCUGCUCUGUUCCAACAGGGACAAGGCAGUCCGUGGACUGACACUGCAGUUACCCAAGCCAUCAGCGGAGGUGUGGGCUGUUGUGCUGGUGUGUUUCUGACCAUAGGGGGCCACUACUCCUCCCGAGUGAGGGCCACAAUGGUGCUUCUAGUGCCCACUCUGCUGUCCAAGAGAGGCAGGGCAUUCAUGAUCACAUCUGCGUUCGCCAUUCUCCUAACAGGGCCAGUUCACACCAUUGAGAUGAACAUACAGGAGGUAGUUGAUAGCUUGACCUGUCUGUAUGAGCAGAUGCGAGACAUGGCCGAAGGGUUUGUGGAGCAGGCGAAGGAGAACUUCGAGCAGAUCAACGAAACUAUGCGACAAGUGAACGAAGCAAUAGCCGAAUACCAGAGGGAGAUGAAGGAACUGCAGCAACAGUCUUCGGAUGCAGUUCAGAAGGAGCUGGAAGCACUACAGAAAAAAAUGGAAAUGUAUCAGCAAAAACUAUCCAAAGUGAAAUCAUUCAUGGCUAAAACGAGUUCAGUUUGCGAUUCGGUUGUAGCCGCCACCACCUUUGGAUUCGUGGAAAAUUGCGGCACGCCAGUAGUUCCAGAUAUGCCAAACAUCAAUCUGACCUUCAACCUGGACGGGUCAUUUUCAUUCGCAGAUCCAACUCAGCUAGUCGACAUUGACAUAAAAGCAGAAGCUGGCGAAUUAAGAGCGACGCCUAUAACCGAAAUUAGAGAAAAUCUCAAAAAUAUUCUUCGAAAUGUUUUCAAAACCAUUGAAAAAUACUUUAAAUAUAUUUCCAAAAUUUGUUAUCUUUCAGUGUUUUUCAUGGUCGCAGACGCGUUUCACUACAUGUAUAAGUACUACACCGACGAUUCUUUCGAUAACAUGUUUGUGGAUCAGAACUUGAAAAAUUAUGCUGGUUUGCAAGGCGAAGCUGGAAAAACUUUGUUACCUUUACGAAACUGGGAGCUGCUUGAACGGUAUCAAGUUCAAACGGCCGUCAAACUUUCGAAAAAAGAAUACAAACGAAUUUUCAUGCAAUCGGCGACGACGAUAGUGUUCACCCUUUUCGCGAUCGGCGUGGUCGUUUCUGAUAUAGUUUUGCGUGCCGUCUUAGAAGUUUUCAGGUCGGAGGCGAAAUUUGGUCUGGAAUAUGAUGGUAUGGAACAAGGCUUGUCACUGUCAACUUUGGGUAAACAAUCGCCGGAAGAACAAAUGAACAUCACAUUUCGGAUGUACGAUUUAUCCUCCGAACCCUGUUUGCCCGAUCCUCAAAAAUCAGACUAUACCCGAAUGUUCGCAAUAGCCGCGUUAGUUACCAUGUGUUUGCUGUCUUGUAUUUUCGACGCAUACGCUACUCGGCUUAGAUCGACAGUUUGUAAUACUUGUUUUCCGAAACGAGCAGCCGAGCGAGCUGCUUUUCUCUAUCGUCGAAUUACGACUGGCAGGGGAACUAGACGACUGCAACUUCAAAUGAUUGCUUACCGAAGAUUGGUUCGAAAGUACAGAGAAGCUGAAUUUUUCAAUUUCAGACGAAAAGUGAAAGCAAAAACAAAACUAACUGAUGGGAGGUCAAAAACAUCGCAAUGUGUCGGCUGUACGCUUGUAAUUAAUAAAAGCGAGGGAACUAAAUUCCCAUUGAAGUUUUUGGGAGAAAAUGCGACAGUUUAUAUUUGUAGCGACUGUAAAAAAGAUACAAAUUUGAAAUAAAGUGAG